UUGAUUGUAAGUAAUAGUCAAAGUUUAAUACAAUCAGAUAUGCUUAGUCAAGAAAUAGGACAAACUAAUGCCAAUAGACGAUUAAAUCGUUUUAGUGAUAUUCUACCAUAUGAUCAAACACGAGUGAAGUUAAAUCCAACUGAGAAAAACAAACAGGAUCAUGAUUAUGUGAAUGCAAGUUUUAUUUAUGAAAUUAUACCAUGUACAAGUGUAAAAACACAUCCAAUAUUAAAUAGAAAUAAAAUUGCCUAUAUUGCAUCUCAAGCACCGUUAGAAUCAACAGCUGGUGAUUUUUGGCGAAUGAUACUUGAUCAAAAUAUCACUGUUAUUGUUAUGCUUACAAAAUUAUAUGAAGAUGACAUAUCGAAAUGUUGUCAAUAUUGGCCAAAUGAUAUACAUGAAUCAUUAACAUUCCAAUCGGAUUGUUUAAAAUUAGAAGUAACUUUACUAUCAGAAGAAGAUCAUCAUAUGUAUAUAUUACGUAAACUUUACAUUACUUCUUCUGUAUGUCUGUCUAUCUAUCUAUCUGUCUGUCCACAGUUGAUUGAUUUUUUUCUGUUCUUUUGAAAC